AUCCAUCCCUCCUCGCCUGCCUCGGGCAUUUCGGGGGCUCCCCCCGCCUGCCCCCCUUUGCCCGCCCGGGGAUGGAGCGAGGAGGGAAGAGGACACGGGGCGCUCUUCUCGGGAUCCGCCUGGUCCCACCCCUGCUUUUGCUGCCGCUGCUGCAGCUGGUGGGGGGAGCUCCCCUGGGCCAGGGGCUGUACCCCAUGCCGGCCAGCAUCCUGCAAGCACUGUCAAGCCGGGGGACGCUGGUGCUGGAGGCGGCACUGAGGAGCGCAUUGCUGGCACUGGAGCGGGCACUGUCUGAGCAGCAGCGGCAGCGGGGCGCCUGUGGGCUCUGUGCCCCCUGCCUCUUCCCACCCUGCACCAACAUCACCAGCCACUGCCCACCACCAGCCAUGCCCCCCACCGUGCCCCCCAGCUGCCAGGCCCUGCUGGAUGCCCAGGCACUGCCUGAGCUGCCCCAGCGCAACUGGGCACUGAGCCAGGCCUGUGCCCCCUACCAGCGCCUGUGCCCACCUGAGGGGGCCCUGCACACCUGCACCCCGCUCAGCGCCCAGCUCUGCCGCCACCGCCUCCAGGAGUGCCAGAUGGUGGCCGCAGCCCCGGGUCCUGACGCAGCAACGGAGGCGGCAACGCCAGGGAGCUGUGGGCGCCGCGGGGGCCCACAAGUCAACGCCACGGCCCCUCGAGGACGCAUCAUGGGCGGCAGCGUGGCCCCGCGGGGCGCCUGGCCCUGGCUGGUGUCGGUGCGGCUGCACGGGGAGUUGAUGUGCGGAGGGGUGCUGGUGGGGCGCUCCUGGGUCCUCACGGCGGCACACUGCUUUGGCGGGAACCGGAACGAGCUGGCGUGGACAGUGGUGGUGGGCGACCACGAGCUGGGCAAGCCGGGAGCGGGCAAGCGGGCAGUGCCUGUCCGGCGCAUCCUGCCUCACCCUAAGUUUAACCCCAAGACGUUUCACGGGGACCUGGCGCUGCUGGAGCUGGCAGUGCCGCUGGCCCCGUCACCCACCGUCAGCCCCGUGUGCCUUCCGAGCGGCUCCGCGGAGCCCAGCCCCGGCACCCCCUGCUACAUCGCAGGCUGGGGCUCCCUCUACGAAGAGGGACCAGCAGCUGACGUGGUGAUGGAGGCGCAGGUGCCCCUGCUCAGCCAGGAGACGUGCCGGGGUGCCCUGGGCAAGGACCUGCUCACCAGUGCCAUGUUCUGUGCUGGGUAUUUGUCUGGAGGCAUUGACUCCUGCCAGGGUGACUCAGGGGGCCCGCUGGCGUGCCAGGACCCCACUUCGCACCACUUUGUCCUCUACGGUAUCACCUCGUGGGGUGAUGGCUGCGGUGAGCGGGGCAAGCCAGGAGUCUACACCCGCGUCACUGCCUUCACGGACUGGCUGAGUCUCCAGAUGGACCCUGCCCCUGGCAGCCGAGAACCGAGCUGCUUCGACCUGCUGGCUUUGGCACAGCUGCCCCCUGAGCAGCAGUCCCCUGAGCGUGCCCGUGUCUGUGCCUUCUACGCCGGGUCCUGCCGGGCAUCUCAGGGCCGGGCCACCUGUGCCCGCCUGGCUGAGGAGACCUGCCAUGCCAGGACGAGACGAUGUGAGCUGCACUCCUACGCCCAGACCUUGGUGGAUCUCCUGCGCCGGGCUGGGGACUUCAUCCGAAACCAGUUUGAUUUUUCCUUCCUCACCCGCACUCUGCCCCAGCUCCUGGGCAAGAUCUACGGGCACUUUUUCCCUCCUCGUGUCCGCAGAGAUGCCCCAGGCCUGGCUGUGGCAGGGGGCCACUCCAGCCCUACAGCAGUGGGACCCCACAGACCCCCCAGCAGGUGGGGGGACAGGCAGCUGCCCCCCUUUGCAGAGCUCUUUGGGGCAGUGGGACCCCAGUUGCAGGACUGGGUGGAGGCUCUGAGGACCAUGGCAGGGGGCAGCCCCCUGUCCUGGCAGCCAACACAGGACAGGGAGCAGCUCCCCGGGGAGACGCAGCUCUUCCUGCAGGGUGAGGAUGUGGUGGAGGAGAUGGUGGGACAGGGACGAGCCUUCCUCACCCAGCUGCAGGCAGAGUUGGACCUUGGCACCACCGUGGAAGCCAUGGAGCCACAACGGGCAUCUGGAGAGCUGACAAGGACCCCCAUGCCAAGCCGUGAACCCCGGUCUGCACCGAGGGAGAAACGUGAACUGGUGCCCACGGAGCUGCCCAGAGUGGAGGAGGAAGAGGAGGAGGAGGCAGGCGCAGGCAGAGCCUGCCCUGGCCUCAACGAGUCGGCGGUGCGGGUGGGCGCGGUGCGGGAGCUGUACGCCUGGGUGCUGCGGGUGCCCGAGGCAGACCUGGCCAUGACCUUCCAGGAGAUCCUGGUGGACUUGGGCUCCAAAAACACCAAGGGACUGUACCGGGCGCAGGUUCGGGCCACUGUAGGGGGCCGCCCCACGUCCUUCACGGGCCUCGUGGGGCUGGAGAGUGACUCACUGGCCCGCAGCAUGCCCGGCCUCGUAGCUCUGGCACUCGAAGCACUGAAAACCUAAUGGUGCCCCUGGGGCAGCGUGCCAGCAUGGGGAGAGGGCACGGGGGCAGGUGUCUUGUAUGUCCUUCAAACACACUCCACUCCCUGUCUCAGGCUCUUCCACCCUUUUGUCCCCAGUUGUACCUCAGUCUCUCUUCCCACCAGCACUUCCUUACUCCCCCAGAGCAAUGAGGCCCUGCUGGGUACUUGAAGCAUCUCAGCCAGGAAUCACAGUCCUCCUUUCCCCUGGGACCCCCACCUUGGCAAGCGCACUCUCACCCCAGAGGCACCUGAGCUGUUAUUUAUUUGUACAGAAAAGGUUUAUUUUUCAAUAAAGAAGGGCUAUAUUUUCCAGUA